CUUGCAUUCCCAGCAGGCUGACGAAGAGGAAGGCUGCUGCUCUCCGAAAACGGCUCCUUUUUUGACUGGUCGGUAGGUUUGUCAACGUCGUCAAUCACCUGCCCACCCCCAAGCACAAAGAAGAUUGCUUUCGAGGUAUGCAGUUUCUUUUAAAAAAAAAAAAGAAAAAAAAAGCCCUAGCUGUGUUUUCUUGAAAAAAAAAAAAAACAGCCCCUUGCCCCGGAAAAUAAUUCUUAGUUUAACUAGUGGCAAGCUGGAAAUCCUGUGCUCUGUGUGGGGGAAAACUACAGAGGCAUUUGGGCCUUUAGAAGAGAUGUCCUCUCUUUGGCCAGACAAGGCUGUAAGGUAUUCCCCAGAAGUUGAAAUACACUCCAGCUCAGCCAUGAGAAAGAAAGCAAAAGUGAGCUCGCAGCACUGGAUGAAACAAGAGAAUGAUCCAGACACUGCUCAGUGGGACACCCGGACCUCAGGAACGACAAGCGAUGUGGAACAGGAUAACACCCUGAGCAGCGCAGUGUCCACGUUAUCUCCAACAGAAGCUCUAUCUCCAAGUGUGAUGCUGACCAUCACAAAGCUCCAAUGCCUUUUGGAAAGUAAACAGGAAAGGAUCAACUUCCUCGAAAAACAGGUUGAGGAUCUGCAGCAAGAUCGCAAAUUUCUUCGUUCCCAGAUUGAGAAUCUAACCAGUGCAAAGUCAAUAACUGAAGAUUCAAAACCAGGAAAAUCUUUGUAUUCAGAGAGUAAGCCACGGAAGAGGUCCAGGACGGCAUCGAGUAGCUCAUCCUUCAGCAAUGACAGCGGCUCUGACAUAUCUUUGACCACGGUGUCCUCAGGGACAUCCAAUGAUGGGAAGAAAAAAAGACACCACAAGGACAAGAGGAGAGGCAAGAAAGCUAAAGAUUAUAGUAGGAAGAGAGCAACGGGAGUCCAGUAUGUCAUCCAUCGGUACAAGCAGGUGCUGUCCGCUUUCAACAAGAAAAAGAGCAUGAGUGGGGCCUUCCGGCACUAUGGCAUCGACAGGAACACCAUUGCCAACACCGCGCCCAUCGCAGAGCUCCAUCUUGCAGCCAAAGAGAUGCUGCAGGUAGUGGGACUCUUUCACCCAAGGGAAGAGACAUUGGUCAAGUAUGCUCAGAAAUGUGCUGUUGUUAUAGAAAACGAUGAGAACCUUUCCCGGAAAAUUGAGCAAAUGAAAGCUACAGGGGAACUUCUACCCAUUACAGCCAAGAAGUCCAAAACACAUUCCACCUUGAACAGCUAAAGGAGAUAUCCUGACAUCGUACUGCGUGACAUGCAUCUUGACUCACACUCAAGCUCUUUAAUCUUAAAGGACAACUGCAAAUAAAACUUGACGAUACAGGCAUUUGACAAACGGUCACCUUUUAUAAAGUUCCUCUUUCUGAAAUUUAUGUGUAAAACUUUCUUAUGCCUUAGUUUGAGCAUUUUGUGAUUUAUUCUUAAUUUCCUUUGUAAAGGAAAGGUCUUGUGUGGUAUGUUAGUCUUUCCUUUAGGUUUCUUCUCAAAGAGCACUGUAAAGUAACGGGUGUGCAGAACUGAGCAGCCUAGCAAGUGACAGUAGACUGAUUUAUCAGUGAUGCUGCUGUCCUUUCAUUAUGUGUAUUUAGUACAAGGACAGAGAAAUGAUAUUCUGUUCUCUCACCAGCGUAAUAAGAAUUGUGUUUAGAGAAAUGGGCAUUAUGGACAAGUGGCCAUUAAAAUUAACUUAUGGGUGUCUCUGUAAAACAACAUUUGACAGACUAGUUGUUGUCUUCUAAUCAUAAUAAUUACAUAUUCAUGUUAAUUAAAAAUAGUGCAAUAACAUUUUGUCAAAGACUGUAAGACAUAUUUCGUGGUUUAUAAUUAGACAAAGUCAGUAGAUUUAAUUCUCAUUGAAGUACUUUUCUUGUCUGUGCACUUGUUCUCAAUAUCACAAAAGACGUGUUGGAGGAAUUGUAGAAUGAGUUGGUUGUCAACAGAACUUAAGUUUUGUUUGAAACUUGGUAAUCCUACUGUACAUCCAUUCUUACAAUUAUAAUUAAUUAAUAAUUAGGAUGGGACGAACAGGAAUUCCUGCAAUUGAAAUGUAGUUAAUUUUUUAAGUAGAAUUCAAAUAGCGUCUAAACUUAACAGUAUUGUUACAGCCAACUGAGAAGAAGAAAAAGAGUUAAUGCUAGUGAUGUUUAUACUGUAUGGUACAGUAGGUAAAUUGAUAAUGCUUUGUAUAAGGAAAUGCUUUGAUUUUGUUGACAUAAAAACCAGGACACAUCAAUUAUUUGUGAAUAUGUGUCUUUUUUCCUCAAUUGUGGUUUGUAAGCAGAUCAUUCACUGUACAGUACCUUUGUACACAAAAGGGAAAAUAAUCAGAUCAAUUAUUCAUCCACAGAGAAAAGCAUUUACUUGUACUUGUAACAAGUUUAAGGUGUUUCUUGCAUAACAUGUUAAAUGCACCCAGUUUAUCUACGUGUUUUUUGACAGUGUGUACAGCAGAUAUUUUUGUUCUGUCAAGUGGGGUAGGAGCUGUAUAAUGUCAAGUCACAGUGACAUCUCUGUAAUAGCGCUCUCAAUUAAAAUGAAAAUAAAAAUCAGCAAACACUGAGCUAAAGGAAGCUUAUGUAGGUUUAAAGAACUUGUGAUCUAAAGAAAUUUUUAAUCGUAAGUGUGUCCUUUAAAUCAGUUAGGUAGUGUUCUACAAAGUUAUCCAAGAAAUCUCAUAGUAUCCACAAGGUGGUGCUACAUGGUAUAAUAACAAAAUACAACGUUCUUACUGCUCCUACAAUUUGGGCAAUUUUGUACAUACCACAGGACAGUAAGUAUUUUUAUGUUUAUAACACAUUUAACUAUUGUUGCCAUCUCAAAUCCUCAAUCCUGACAGAAAUAACAUUUCUUUUUGUUUUAAUAUUUCCAGUGUUACCCGAUAAAUGCAAAACAUUUCUAAAAGACCACAAAUGUUCUUGGUACAGUCAUAAGUAUUUAUGGACAAGCGGGGGUAUUAUUUGGGCUGCUUUGCAUUGUUUAUAGCUAACAUAGAGAAAAUAAGUUUUUUAUGCAUACCAGUUUAUUUUUUAAUAUAUGUAAGAUGUACAGUACUUAUAUUUAGAGAGAAAUGAAUAUGUCUGCAAGGUUUUUGGCAUAUUGAAAACUCAUUGUGGUUGUUUAAAUAAAAGCACUUGUAAAACCUG